CGGCGAUUUCGGUCUCGCCUUCAUUGAUCUCGACGGUGCGGUCGGCUUCGUGAGUGCGCGCUCUGCGUCCCCCCAUCGCGGCUGUGUUUCGCUUGGCCAUCGACGCGCGCACACGCACGCCUCUGCUGGUAUGGUGAGGUGUCUCGCUGUAGCACGCGCUCGGUUCUCCGUCGACGAGGUCCCGUGCGGCGGGCCGUGAUCGUGCCCGUUCUCAUCGAUGAACGCCGGCUGUGACUCGACGACCGACGGCGGCGGAGAGGUGCUCGAGUAGCGGCGUUUGGUGCUCGGUCGUCGUACUCGCCGACUACGGUGCGCGGUGGCGUAGCGAUGUCCGGCCGUGGGAACAGGACCCGAGGACGGCGGCAGGCCGAGUGCACCGUCGACGACCUGCUCCGGCGGAUUGCGCCGGUGAUGUGUGUGCUGCCGCUUCUGUUGGCUCUCGUCGGAGUAACGCCGCACUUCGCCUCAGGCCAGGAGACCACGGUGACGGGCCUGGUGGGAGAGUCCGUGCGGCUGCCCUGCGACGUGGACGUGAAGCGGUGUGGCAAUGUGUACUUCAUCACCUGGACCAAGAACGUGUCGGACGUGUGGAAGCGCAUCUACCUGUACAGCAACGACGUGGAGAAGCCGCUCCAGGAACUGGCCAAUCCGGACCGGGCAGACUUCUUCCUGCGCAAUUCCACCGCGCAGCUCGAGAUCUUCCCCCUCCGAUUGGCCGACGAGGGGCAGUACAAGUGUGACGUUACCUACGUGAGGGGAAAGUGCCCCUCCCUCUCCUACGCCAACCUCAUUACUCUCGCCAAGCCCAGCCUGCCCUCGGUGGAGCUGAAAGGCGCCCCGCUGUCUCCGGGGGCUACGGUGGGGCCGCUGCAGGAGGGGGACGUGCUGAGCCUGACGUGCCGGACGCAGGGCGGCAAGCCCCCGCCCAAGGUGGCCUGGUUCAAGGGCGACGUGCAGCUCAGCGCGCAGCUCCAAGAAUCCAAAGGGGAGCGCGGCGCCGGGGACGUGGCAGCCACCUUCGCUACGGCACUGAGCCGCCAGGACCUCGGCUCCAGGUUCGAGUGCACGGCCGUCAACGAGGCCCUCGAGACGCCCCUCCGGGCCUGGGUCGAGCUUGACCUGCAUGUGAAGCCCCUGGAGCUGGAGAUGGACAGCCCCAGCAUGCCAACGAAGGCCGGUACGGCGCUCCAGGUCAAGUGCGUCAUUUCCGGCGCCCGUCCGGCCGCCGAGGCCACGUGGUUCAACGGCACGGAGCGCAUGAAGCACCAGCCGCAGCCGCACGUGGAGUCCCUGGGUGACGGCACGUUCCGCACCAUCAGCACGCUGGAAGUGGUGCUCACGCGCCACGACCACGAGGGCAGUUUCACCUGCAAGGGCAGCAACCCCGUGCUCCAGAGCGCGGGCCUGAGGCCGCUCGAGCGCACCGUGGAUCUCCUCGUGCAAUAUCCGCCGGAGGUGAAGAUCGAGCACAGCCGGGUGGGCGUGGUCAAGGAGGGGGGUCACGUGGUGCUGCACUGCUCUUACACGGCCAACCCGCGGAUGAUCCUGGACAUGCGCUGGUUCAAGGACGACGCCCCGUUGCGCUUCGACCAGGACGAGCGGCUGGAGCCCAGCAACCCCGGCCUGCCCACGCUCACCAUCCGGGAACUCACGCGUAAGGACCGCGGACGCUACGCCUGCGGACUCCGCAACGACGUCGGCUGGGGAAACUCCUCCAACGUGGCGCACCUCGACAUCCUCUACUCCCCGACGGUGUCGGCCGUAGUGAGCCCCCCGUUCCUGGAGGAGGGCUACGGCACCCGGGUGACGCUGUCGUGUAACGUGCUGGAGGGGAACCCGGGCAGCCUGCGCCGCGUGCGCUGGCACCGGGACGGGGAGCUCCUCAAUGAGACCACCGAGCGCGUCAUCGUCUGGAUGGACGUCAUGAGGAACUUCACGGGCAACUACUCCUGCCAGGGCGAGAACGACGCCGGCUGGGGACCCGUCUCGGACACGCAGGAGCUGGCCGUCUUUUAUCCUCCCGGCCCCGCGAGCGUGGUGCACGCGAGCGAGUACGCCGUGAAGGGCAAGUCGACGACGCUAAGCUGCGCCGUGGAGGACCCAGGCCUGCCUUCGGCCACCCACUACCGCUGGGAGUUCGAGGGCGCCCUUAUUGCCACGGCCACGGGGCCCACCCUCGAGACCGAGCCCGGGAGCCUCACGUCCCGCGGCAAGUACUCAUGCGCCGCGGUCAACGACGUGGGCGCCGGACCAAGCGGGGACUACGAGCUGCCCGUCCUCGCUCCGCCUUCGUUCAUCGACCGCCUGCCUGCGGUGCACGGAGCCCUGCAGAACUCGACGGACGUGAGCCUGUGGUGCCGCGUGGAAUGCGAGCCCGCCUGCGUGAUCGAGUGGCUCCGCGCGGGCGACAACAUCGACUACAACCCGCAGUUCGGCAUCCAGACGACACCACACCCGGAGGAGCCGGCCAGGAACCACUUCGCGUCCGUCGUGAGCACGCUCAAGUUCAACAUGUCCCUGUGGCCCGGAGGCGUGCUCGACCGCAACAUGGACAACACCACCUUCACCUGCCGUUCCAGCGGGAACCUGGUCGGGCGCGGCAUCUCGUCCACCACGCACUUCGAGGUCGAGUAUCCCCCGGAAGACAUUGAGGUGUCCAUCGGGCACCUGAAGGUCUUCGAGGGCAACGUGCCGGAUCAGAUCUCGUGCAGCGCCAGCUCCAAGCCGGCCAGCAAGUACAUGUGGAUGUACAACGACCAGGUGAUCUCGGACAGCCCGAUGCUCGUCAUGAACUACAGCCUGGCUCGAGAAAGGAGCGGCAACUACACCUGCGUGGCCAGCAACAGGCACGGCUCGGCCUCCGUCAACGCCUACAUCGACGUCAUCUACCCCCCGUCGUGCGUGCUGUACACGAGCAAGAACGAAGAGGGCCAGUUGACCAUCAUCUGCGAGGUGAACGCCAACCCGGCCCAGGUCAACAUCACCUGGAUGCUGGGCAACGAAACGCUCGAAGAGCACAUCUACACGGAGGGACUGCGCAGUAUCUACACGGUGCCGGACUCGGCGGUGCCGGACUACUACGGCCUCUACCUGUGCCAGCCGAACAACACGCUGGGCGUCUCCGAGUGCGAGUACCGGGUCAACGGGCCCGGAGGCGUCUCCAACCAGGUCUACUUAGAUGACGAGCAAGUAAUGAUGAUCACAGGGAUAGCGGGACUCAUCGUGUUAAUCUUCAUCAUCAUUAUUGUGAUUCUCGUGCUCAUUAUGAAGAGGCGACGGAAAAGAGCUGGACAUAAAGAAGCUUUCGAGGACCGCCAAACCCCUGAAGGUCGCCUGAGCACGACCGAAGACCUGAGCGUCCUCAAAGCGGGCUUCCACUCUCCGUAUCUGCAGAACGGUAGCACCGCCGAUAUCACUGGAAACUCAGAUGUGAGCAGUCCCGUCAAGGCCAAGACGAAAGGGGCCGCGGUGGAGCCCGUGUACCAGAACGUCGACGGCAAGACGGAAAACGGGCCACCGCCUCUCGGCAGCAACGACGCCGAGAACAGGGCGACCUACGAAAACAUGCCUUUUCAUCCGCAGAGGAACCCCAAGGGGUGUCCUUCCACUACCUCCACCGUGACCACGGACUCCACGGCCACGACAUCGGUGUCCGACACGGCGUCGGUGCCGACGUCGUCGUCCUCGAAAGGCCGGGCGUCUCCGGUGCCAUCACAGCGGGAAGAGCGGAGGCUUCCGCAAUACGUGAACGUGCUUCCGCGCUCUUUCGCCGAGGACCCCGUCCUCGCCAGCAUCAACGGUGUGGGUUUGCCGCCGCCAAGGCCCAGAAGUACCAAGCCGCCCAGCCACGUCCUGCUCCCGUUGACCAGAGGGGCGCCCACGGGGUCUCUGGGCCGCUCGCGGUCCGCCACGCCGGCCUCCGGGCGGCUGGACCUGCGAAACGGGGUGCGGUCGGUGACACCUUCGUCGAUGAGGUCGGACUUCAGGAACGGUGUUCGCAAUGGUGCCCUGCUCGCUGGAGGCGGGGCCGCCUCAGGAGUGACGAAGCCGCCCACAGCGGGUGAAGGGCACAGGGUGCCCGACAAUGGCAUCGCCGUCGUGGCAGUUCCCAAGGCGUCGACGCCGAAGAUGCACCUGCUGCGCACUAACCACCGCGAAGGGGUCGUGUACGCUGACCUGGCGCUGCUCAACAACGCGCACAAACCGGUCAUGACGUCACGGAGGGAAGGCCCCCCGACGGAGUACGCUACGCUCAAAUUCCACCAAACAUUAGACAAUGCCGCAGCUGGCCCGAUAUCAAUGACGAACUCCUGUACGCUGACAUGUACGAGGACGUGAAAGCGGGGCGCGUGCCCGACCCGCGCCUGGUCAAGCCUCCGCUCCCGCCUAAAGGGGGCGCCGCAGCUCAGCCCGACCUGCCGCCCAAGGCACGCAAGCGCGGCGGGAAGUCCAAGCAGUCCGGCAACGAGUGAUCGCCGCGCUCCCUCCGGUCUCCGUGCCGGGGCCGCACAGCAGAGGACCCCGCUGCAGGGACAGGCUGCACCUGACGUCUUUAUCUGCGAGCACACAGCGCGCAGAGCACUCCACCGCGUGGGCACACUGGCGGCGACAGGAGCCGCCACGACGGCGUGGCCAUCUUCUUUUGCGAGCCCUUUCGGUGCGUCUCCGGACCCCGCUUACCGACGGAGCGGUCGACGUGUUGCAGUCGGUGUCUCGUCUCUGGAGCACUUUGCUUGUACCAAAGAUAGGGUUGCUUCGCUAUUCGCUUUUUAGGGGCAGUUAUCUACGGCAGCCAAGCUCCAACUUUUUUUAAUAAUGUCCCAGCCCAUCUAGAUUGAACGAACGUUAUAAAAAAAAAAAAAAAAGAAACACGGUCAUGACAGAUUGGCUGGGCGUAGAGUUUCGCUGAGAGGCAUACUUCGUUCAUGAGAAGGGCUACACGUUGAAUGAAAAAUAAUUUGUUUCAGAAAUUAUUUUUCCUUAAAAACUAAAACAAAUUAUAAUCCACAGAAGCACAGCGAGAACAGGUCUAUUUAAAAACAAUUCUUACUUACACAAAAGCUUUCUCUCUAUCUGGUAGUGGAGAUGAAUUUCGGCGUAGGCCUCUGACGCAUCGCGGUUCUGAUGCCACGAAAGGAACCUGAGAGAGAAGGAGAUAAUAAAUGAAUAAAUAACUAAUAAAUAAAUGAAAAAAAAAUGUAUCAAUGAAUGAUUGAAUGAACGAGUGAAUGGAUAAAUUAAUACUAGUCGCUUUUGUCUAGUUAUUAUAGACAACUCACAAUCUGGGCGAUUGUUUGUGGAGUGGAGUCAUCCAUAUCAAAGAAAACAGUUUUGCAAUGGCCAACCAAAAGAAAAAAAAAGAAAUGAAAAUGACUAAAACGGACGCUAACGGGACGAAACAACAUCGGCACGUUGUGCUCUUCCAAUCUGUCAGCCUUUACAGCUCGACCAAAUAUUAGGCUACAGACGCAGAAGUAUUCCCCACGUUCGGCAGUGUUUGCUAUCGAGCUACGUGUUAAGGCAAGUGUGCCUUCACUCAGCCGUCGUCGGCAAAUGAAACCACAUCAUUCUGCAAACGAGCACCUCGAAGUUUGUCACCAUCUCGCGGUCCCCACUCAACUCACCGGAAAACCACUAGGGUCACAGCCCACCUCUACGAAGCGUGACAAACACAGCGACACACUACAACAAAAAAAGUUGCGCUAAAGUCGGCUAGCCAGCGAACAUGCACCACUCUUGCACGCCACUUAGUAGUGCAACCAGCAAAGUGCUCCACGAAACACCGGCACAGCCUCGACGCUGUGUGCCGCUCCCAACGCCAACCCACCUCCGCUUCUGCGAUUGCUAUUGCCAAACCUGUUUGGGUUCGGGCAGGGUUGUCCUCCUGUGCACAGCGAUGAGUUGACGCCAUUUUCGACAGUGAGGUGCUCCUGUGUUCCUCCCGGUUUCGUGCCCCCCCCCCCCCUCCCUCCCUUCCUCCCCACACGGGACGCAUCCGUUCACCCGCAGUCAGUCAGCUCGGCCGUCCGCCAUCGGACGAUCCCCAACUGCCUCCCUCGGGACUUGGGUCGGCUCCGACAAAGUGCACGCAAGAUGUUUUCGCAAACAGAGACACGGGAAAAAAAAAAACUACGCGACGAACAAGCGACAGCAGGAUUCAUGCGAAGGAAGAAGUGCGUUGAGAUGAUAUAAAUGACUUGCUGAUUGAAUGACUUGUUUCAUGGUGAAAGAAGGAAAAAAAAGGACGUGUGGUGAUGAUGAUGAUGGUUAGUGCGCGUCUUACGGAUGUGUGAGCGUUCCUCGCUUUCCCAGUGUAUUUUUCUGUCUAGAUGUGUGUGUGUGUGGCUGGAUGCUCUAAAGAGGGUUUGAGAGGGAUUGGCUGUGUAUUUAUGAUGUUGCUGUUUCUUAUAUUUACUUCUGUGUUAAUAUUGGUACAAUUCAGUCGGUCGUCCUAUGGCCGUUUUUCGCAUUAUUUUUUUUUUAAUAAACUCGUGUCCCGUGCUGCCGUUGUUUGUUGUAAAAAAUGAUUUCGGGCAUAAUCACAAUAUUGGGCGAAAGAAAGGCGUGAGCUUCGAAGCAUGUGUUUACAACGGGAAGAAAAUGAUGUUUAUAUUCAUGCCCACUAUCGAGGUGAUGAAAAUUUUCCCAGCGAUUUGUCAUAGAUUUCUUUCAGUACCGUGCGUUUCUGUUACUUUUGGCGCAAACAAACGCGGGAGUCUGAUUUCGCCGUCAUAUGAUGCGUGUUCCGAGCACGAAUAUUUAAGUGAUACGAAGGUUCGUGACAAGUGCGAUAAUCAAUUUUUCACAAUUGAACUCUGUUUAUGUCGCUUAACAGUGAACAUUAUUGUGAUUGUUAUAAGCGUUACUCUUUUAAUUACUUUGAGUGAUGUGCAAGAUGACAAUACUUUUAUGUUUUUCUGUUGUUCUGUUUUCUAGCUGACCUAAGUGCAAUGAAAUUAAGUUGCGUGCUAGCUGAAUGCGGCGAUUUGUUUGCGCACAUAUUUUGUACGUUUGUUUUUCUGAUACAGUUUCCGAUCUAAGCUGUAACUCCUCGGUAAAGUGCUAAGAUUUAGGAUGACCAAGUUUAUAACAUAAAGCAUCAUUCACGCGGACAGACUAGAGAUUAGGAAUUGAGACAUUUUACAACUUUUCUUGAAGGAUUGUUCAGCGAUUUGAAUUGCAGAAGUACUUUUGUUCUUUCAACAAAUGAAUCUCGCGUGAGAGUAUGGUUACACCAAAGACCUUUCUUCGUAAUGCACCUUACAGUUAUUUUUGUAUGAGUCAUGCAACAGUUUCUGUAGAAUUUUAUGUCACCUUGCUCCUUCCUCAAACAUAUUUUUUGUCGUAAAUUCCGCGUUUUUAAUGUCGUAAACCGGGUAUUAAGAAAUUUGUGAAAGUCCGGUGUAUUAAUUUUUUUUUCUGGCUGACCGUUGUUCGGGUUGUGAAUGUUCAGCGGUGCUCCGUACCGUAUGUAGUAGCGCGACACACGUUGUUUUGUUACUUAUGUAAAUACUGUGAGACUCACUUGGGAGUGUGUUUGACGUGAUGUUUGCUACGAAAAAGCUGGAAGCAAAGUGUUCCGGCUUCCCCCCUCUCGUGAUUUCUAAUUUUUGCAGAGCUACAACUUGGAGAGCGCUGUUCCUGCCAGUGACAAAAGAUUUUGUUUUGUUUCCAUACUGGAAAGAAAUGCAUUGAAGCAUUGUUUUGAAAGUGCUGUGUUCUGCUGCAGGCAACAGCGCGAAGACCAGUCAGCUUUUAUGGUUAUGUUUCAGAAAGAGAAGCAUGAAUUGCGAUGAUGCGCCUUAAGCUGCGAUGACGGGGGACUGAAGAAAUAUCGUCCUAAGUCAAAAACUAGUCAGACGUGUGUACACCCCCCAAAAAGGGCAGCGAGUUUAAUUUUGUUUUGUUUUAUUAAGUAAUAUAUGGUUGGCCCACCUCGUCCUGUUUGAAGCACUUUUUUGUGCAUGGUUCUUGUUUCAUUAUUUGGGACGAACUGCGUACGUCCCGGCACACACACAUACACGACAAAAAAAACUUUAAAAAAGGGUGCCUCACUGUAAAUGAACAGUAAUAUUUUCUAUCAACUUCCUAUGUACAAUGGACACCGCAUAAAGUACGAAAAUAGUUAAUAAAAAGAGUGAAAUGCACCAAAGCCCUC